AUGGUUCAGGAAAGUACAAUGAUUUGUGUUGAUAAUUCAGAAUGGAUGCGAAAUGGUGAUUUUGCACCAACUCGUUUGCAAUGUCAGCAAGAUGCCGCGAAUUUGGUGUUACAAUGUAAGCUUCGUGCAAAUCCGGAAAACGCCGUUGGAUUGAUUGCUAUGGCCGAUACCGUGGAAGUGCUGACAACCUUGACACAAGAAAAUGGGAAGCUGUUUAUGAAACUUCAUCAAGUGGAACCAAAAGGUGCAUCAAAUUUUAUCAAUGCAAUCAAAGUGGCACAUUUAGCACUAAAGCAUCGUCAAAAUAGAAACCACAGAAUGCGAAUUGUCGUCUUUGUUGGUAGUCCAAUUGAUCAUCUGAAUUCUUCUGAGCUUACAAAGCUUGCAAAGAAAUUAAAGAAAGAGAAAGUCCAAGUAGAUGUUAUAUGCUUUGGUGAAGCAGAUUCAACCGAUAGUGAAAUUAUGGGACAAUUUAUCGAAACGCUAAAUGGAAAAGAGGGAAGUGGUUCGAACUUGGUAGUUGUGCCGGCUAGUUCAUCGCUUACGGAAGCAUUGGUAUCUUCUCCAAUAUGUCGCGGGGAAGAUGGUACCGCUGCACCAGUAGUAGCUGCGGGUGGAGGUGGAUUCGAAUUUGGAAUUGAUCCUGAAGAUGAUCCCGACUUAGCAUUGGCGCUUCGUGUCUCAUUGGAAGAACAACGACAACGGCAAAGAGGUGGUGGAACGGAUGAUGUUGAACCGCAGCCAACAAAUGCUGCUGGAAAUGAUAUUAUGACGAUGGAUCCUGGAGCAAUGACCGAAGAGCAGCAGUUGGAAUGGGCGUUACGUAUGUCAAUGCAAGAAGGUGCAGGUGCUACUAGUUCCGCUACACUACAGACUUCUUCACCAAAUACGGCCAUAUCGGAUCAAUUAGCAACAACUGAAAUGUCUUCCAUGGAAAUUGCUACGACUCCGAAAGGAGAUCAAACUGCCGAAGCCAUGGAAGUCGAUGAUUCAGCUGCUACACGGGAAGCUAUGAUUACUGAGGAUGAUCAACUUGGUCAGCUAAUAAGUGAUCCUGAAUUACUUCGUCAGCUUCUGGCAGAUCUACCUGGCGUUGAUCCGAAUUCGCAGGAAGUUCGUGAUGCGGUCAGCAGUGCUGCUGCAGCCAGAGAAAAGAAGGAAGAUAAGGAUGACAGUCAGACGAAGAAAUAA